ACGAUCGAUCCUCCUUUCCCUCCUCCCAGCAUCAGGGAAACCUCCUCCUCCUCUCUCUCUUUUUUUUUUUUUUCCUCCUUGGCAGCUGGUACAGCAUCCCCGUUCACUGUCUGCUUUUGUGGGGAGACCUCCGCUCAGAAAACUGCUCUUCUUGGCACCCACGUUUCUCCCUCCUCUCUGUGGGCCACCCUUCUUCUUUCCAUUGGGUGGGCCAUGGAGGCAUGGAUUUUAGAGGGCUUGGACCCCUGGGUGCUGAUGAGGUGGGACCCUCGGGACCCCUGGAGGACUUGGAGUGUUGACCACUAGCCAUGUCCCCCGAGUCGCAGCGCUGGUGCCAUACAGUUUCCCCCUCACUGUGCUGAGGCGGAAGACCCUGGGAUUUCUGAGCGAGCCCCAUGGAUGCUGAAGUCUCCCUGGGUCCCCGACUCCAUGCUCUGGCGCCCCAGUUACUAUGACGCCCUGCACGACCGCAGCUCGGGGCCCGCCCAGCACCCUGCAGGACACGCGGCCUCCCCGGCUCAGCAUCUGCUUCGAGGGGCCCCCUCUGAGGCGGCGGGGUGGCGUGGUGGACCACCGAGAUGUCAUCUUGGCCCACCAGGCCCACAAAAUCCACAACACCCCCCAGGCCAGGAGGAAAGAAUGGGAAAUGGCCCGCUUCGGAGACGAGAUGCCGGCCCGCUACGGGGGAGGAGGCUCCGGGGCAGCCGCCGGGGUGGUCGUGGGCGCCGCAGGCGGGCGAGGAGCCGGGGGCAGCCGGCAGGGCGGGCAGCCCGGGGCGCAAAGGAUGUACAAGCAGUCAAUGGCGCAGAGAGCGCGGACCAUGGCACUCUACAACCCCAUCCCCGUCCGACAGAACUGCCUCACGGUCAACCGGUCUCUCUUCCUCUUCAGCGAAGACAACGUGGUGAGAAAAUACGCCAAAAAGAUUACCGAAUGGCCUCCCUUUGAAUACAUGAUUUUAGCCACCAUCAUAGCGAAUUGCAUCGUUCUCGCACUGGAGCAGCAUCUGCCUGAUGACGACAAGACCCCGAUGUCUGAACGGCUGGAUGAUACAGAACCAUACUUCAUUGGGAUUUUUUGUUUCGAGGCUGGAAUUAAAAUCAUUGCCCUUGGGUUUGCCUUCCACAAAGGCUCCUACUUGAGGAAUGGCUGGAACGUCAUGGACUUUGUGGUGGUGCUAACGGGCAUCUUGGCGACAGUUGGGACAGAGUUUGACCUGCGGACGCUGAGGGCAGUUCGAGUGCUGCGGCCGCUCAAGCUGGUGUCUGGAAUCCCAAGUUUACAAGUCGUCCUGAAGUCGAUCAUGAAGGCGAUGAUCCCUUUGCUGCAGAUCGGCCUCCUCCUAUUUUUUGCAAUCCUUAUUUUUGCAAUCAUAGGGUUAGAAUUUUAUAUGGGAAAAUUUCAUACCACCUGCUUUGAAGAGGGGACAGAUGACAUUCAGGGUGAGUCUCCGGCUCCAUGUGGGACAGAAGAACCCGCCCGCACCUGCCCCAAUGGGACCAAAUGUCAGCCCUACUGGGAAGGGCCCAACAACGGGAUCACUCAGUUCGACAACAUUCUGUUCGCAGUGCUGACAGUUUUCCAGUGCAUAACCAUGGAAGGAUGGACUGAUCUCCUCUACAAUAGCAACGAUGCCUCAGGGAAUACUUGGAACUGGUUGUACUUCAUCCCCCUCAUCAUCAUCGGCUCCUUUUUUAUGCUGAACCUUGUGCUGGGUGUGCUGUCAGGGGAGUUUGCCAAAGAAAGAGAACGGGUGGAGAACCGGCGGGCUUUUCUGAAGCUGAGGCGGCAACAACAGAUUGAACGUGAGCUCAAUGGGUACAUGGAGUGGAUCUCAAAAGCAGAAGAGGUGAUCCUCGCCGAGGAUGAAGCUGACGGGGAGCAGAGGCAUCCCUUUGAUGCUCUGCGGAGGACCACCAUCAAGAAAAGCAAGAGUGAUUUGCUCAACCCGGAAGAGGCUGAGGAUCAGCUGGCUGAUAUAGCCUCUGUGGGUUCUCCCUUCGCCCGAGCCAGCAUUAAAAGUGCCAAGCUGGAGAACUCGACCUUUUUUCACAAAAAGGAGAGGAGGAUGCGUUUCUACAUCCGCCGCAUGGUCAAAACUCAGGCUUUCUACUGGACUGUACUCAGUUUGGUAGCUCUCAACACGCUGUGUGUUGCUAUUGUUCACUACAACCAGCCCGAGUGGCUCUCCGACUUUCUUUACUAUGCAGAAUUCAUUUUCUUAGGACUCUUUAUGUCCGAAAUGUUUAUAAAAAUGUAUGGGCUUGGGACGCGGCCUUACUUCCACUCUUCCUUCAACUGCUUUGACUGUGGGGUUAUCAUUGGGAGCAUCUUCGAGGUUAUCUGGGCCGUCAUAAAACCUGGCACAUCCUUCGGAAUCAGUGUGUUACGAGCCCUCAGGUUAUUGCGUAUUUUCAAAGUCACAAAGUACUGGGCAUCUCUCAGAAACCUGGUCGUCUCUCUCCUCAAUUCCAUGAAGUCCAUCAUCAGCUUGUUGUUCCUCCUCUUCCUAUUCAUUGUCGUCUUUGCCCUUUUGGGAAUGCAGCUCUUUGGCGGCCAGUUUAAUUUCGAUGAAGGGACUCCUCCCACCAACUUCGAUACUUUUCCAGCAGCAAUAAUGACGGUGUUUCAGAUCCUGACGGGCGAAGACUGGAACGAGGUCAUGUACGACGGGAUCAAGUCUCAGGGGGGCGUGCAGGGCGGCAUGGUGUUCUCCAUCUAUUUCAUUGUACUGACACUCUUCGGGAACUACACCCUCCUGAAUGUGUUCUUGGCCAUCGCUGUGGACAAUCUGGCCAACGCCCAGGAGCUCACCAAGGAUGAACAAGAGGAAGAAGAAGCAGCCAGCCAGAAACUUGCUCUACAGAAAGCCAAAGAGGUGGCGGAAGUGAGUCCUCUGUCGGCAGCCAACAUGUCCAUCGCUGUGAAAGAGCAACAGAAGAAUCAAAAGCCAGCCAAGUCCGUGUGGGAGCAGCGGACUAGUGAGAUGCGAAAGCAGAACCUGCUGGCCAGCCGGGAGGCCCUGUACAACGAAAUGGACCCGGACGAGCGCUGGAAGGCCGCCUACACCCGGCACCUGCGGCCGGACAUGAAGACGCACUUGGACCGGCCGCUGGUGGUGGACCCGCAGGAGAACCGCAACAACAACACCAACAAGAGCCGGGCGGCCGAGCCCACGGUGGACCAGCGCCUCGGCCAGCAGCGCGCCGAGGACUUCCUCAGGAAACAGGCCCGCUACCACGACCGGGCCCGGGACCCCAGCGGCUCGGCGGGCCUGGACGCACGGAGGCCCUGGGCGGGCAGCCAGGAGGCCGAGCCGAGCCGGGAGGGACCCUACGGCCGCGAGUCGGACCACCACGCCCGGGAGGGCGGCCCGGAGCAGCCCGGGUUCUGGGAGGGCGAGGCCGAGCGGGGCAAGGCCGGGGACCCGCACCGGAGGCACGUGCACCGGCAGGGGGGCAGCAGGGAGAGCCGCAGCGGGUCCCCGCGCACGGGCGCGGACGGGGAGCCCCGACGGCACCGCGCGCACCGCAGGCCCGGGGAGGACGGCCCCGAGGACAGGGCGGAGCGGAGGGCGCGGCACCGCGAGGGCAGCCGGCCGGCCCGGGGCGGCGAGGGCGAGGGCGAGGGCCCCGACGGCGGCGAGCGCAGGAGGCGGCACCGGCACGGCGCCCCGGCCACCUACGAGGGGGACGCGCGGAGGGAGGACAAGGAGCGGAGGCAUCGGAGGAGGAAAGAGAACCAGGGUUCUGGGGUCCCUGUGUGUGGCCCCAACCUGUCAACCACACGGCCGAUCCAGCAGGACCUGGGCCGCCAAGACCCACCCCUGGCAGAGGACAUUGACAACAUGAAGAACAACAAGCUGGCCACGGCGGAGUCGGCCGGCCCCCACGACAGCCUCGGCCACUCCGGCCUGCCCCAGAGCCCAGCCAAGAUGGGAAACAGCACUGACCCCGGCCCCAUGCCGGCCGGCCCUGCCAUGGCCACCAACCCCCAGAACGCCACCAGUCGCCGGACGCCCAACAACCCGGGGAACCCAUCCAAUCCCGGCCCCCCCAAAACCCCCGAGAACAGCCUUAUCGUCACCAACCCCAGCGGCACCCAAACCAAUUCAGCUAAGACUGCCAGGAAACCCGACCACACCACCGUGGAUAUCCCUCCGGCCUGCCCACCCCCCCUCAACCACACCGUUGUGCAAGUGAACAAAAACGCCAACCCAGACCCACCGUCAAAAAAAGAGGAAGAGAAGAAGGAGGAGGAGGACGACGACCGUGGGGAAGACGGCCCUAAGCCGAUGCCUCCCUAUAGCUCCAUGUUCAUCCUGUCCACAACCAACCCCGUUGACCACCAUGAGUCCAAGGGGACCUCUGAACAAGUGCUGCGAUAUUUUGACUACGUUUUUACAGGCGUCUUUACCUUUGAGAUGGUGAUCAAGAUGAUUGACCUGGGGCUCGUCCUGCAUCAGGGCGCCUACUUCCGCGACCUCUGGAAUAUUCUCGACUUCAUAGUGGUCAGUGGGGCCCUGGUAGCCUUUGCCUUCACUGGCAAUAGCAAAGGAAAAGAUAUCAACACGAUUAAAUCCCUCCGAGUCCUCCGGGUGCUACGACCUCUGAAAACCAUCAAGCGGUUGCCAAAGCUCAAGGCUGUAUUUGACUGUGUGGUGAACUCCCUUAAGAACGUCUUCAACAUCCUCAUCGUGUACAUGCUGUUCAUGUUCAUCUUCGCCGUGGUGGCUGUGCAGCUUUUCAAGGGGAAGUUCUUCCACUGCACUGACGAGUCCAAGGAGUUUGAGAAAGAUUGUCGAGGCAAAUACCUCCUCUAUGAGAAGAAUGAGGUGAAGGCACGAGAUCGGGAGUGGAAGAAGUACGAAUUCCACUACGACAACGUGCUCUGGGCCCUGCUGACCCUCUUCACUGUGUCCACGGGAGAAGGCUGGCCGCAGGUCCUCAAGCACUCAGUGGAUGCCACCUUUGAGAACCAGGGCCCCAGCCCCGGGUACCGCAUGGAGAUGUCCAUUUUCUACGUCGUCUACUUUGUGGUGUUCCCCUUCUUCUUUGUCAAUAUCUUUGUGGCCUUGAUCAUCAUCACCUUCCAGGAGCAAGGGGACAAGAUGAUGGAGGAAUACAGCCUGGAGAAAAAUGAGAGGGCCUGCAUCGAUUUCGCCAUCAGCGCCAAGCCGCUGACCCGACACAUGCCGCAAAACAGGCAAAGCUUCCAGUACCGCAUGUGGCAGUUCGUGGUGUCUCCGCCUUUCGAGUACACGAUCAUGGCCAUGAUCGCCCUCAACACCAUCGUGCUUAUGAUGAAGUUCUACGGGGCUUCUGUUGCUUAUGAAAACGCCCUGAGGGUGUUCAACAUCGUCUUCACCUCCCUCUUCUCCCUGGAAUGUGUGCUGAAAGUCAUGGCUUUUGGGAUUCUGAAUUAUUUCCGUGAUGCCUGGAACAUCUUCGACUUUGUGACUGUUCUGGGCAGCAUCACCGAUAUCCUCGUGACUGAGUUUGGGAAUCCGAAUAACUUCAUCAACCUGAGCUUUCUCCGCCUCUUCCGAGCUGCCCGGCUCAUCAAACUUCUCCGUCAGGGUUACACCAUCCGCAUUCUUCUCUGGACCUUUGUGCAGUCCUUCAAGGCCCUGCCUUAUGUCUGUCUGCUGAUCGCCAUGCUGUUCUUCAUCUAUGCCAUCAUUGGGAUGCAGGUGUUUGGCAACAUCGGCAUUGACGUGGAGGACGAGGACAGUGACGAAGAUGAUUUCCAAAUCACUGAGCACAAUAACUUCCGGACCUUCUUCCAGGCCCUCAUGCUGCUUUUCCGGAGUGCCACCGGGGAAGCGUGGCACAACAUCAUGCUCUCCUGCCUCAGCGGGAAACCGUGUGAUAAGAACUCUGGCAUCCUGACUCGAGAGUGUGGCAAUGAAUUUGCUUAUUUUUACUUCGUUUCCUUCAUCUUCCUCUGCUCAUUUCUGAUGCUGAAUCUCUUUGUCGCCGUCAUCAUGGACAAUUUCGAGUACCUCACCCGAGACUCCUCCAUCCUGGGCCCCCACCACCUGGAUGAGUACGUGCGUGUCUGGGCCGAGUAUGACCCUGCAGCUUGGGGCCGCAUGCCUUACCUGGACAUGUAUCAGAUGCUGAGACACAUGUCUCCGCCCCUGGGUCUGGGGAAGAAGUGCCCGGCCAGAGUGGCUUACAAGAGGCUUCUGCGGAUGGACCUGCCCGUGGCAGAUGACAACACCGUCCACUUCAAUUCCACCCUCAUGGCUCUGAUCCGCACAGCCCUGGACAUCAAGAUCGCCAAGGGAGGAGCUGACAAACAGCAGAUGGAUGCCGAGCUGCGGAAGGAGAUGAUGGCGAUUUGGCCCAACCUGUCCCAGAAGACACUGGACCUGCUGGUCACCCCUCACAAAUCCACGGACCUGACGGUGGGGAAGAUCUAUGCAGCCAUGAUGAUCAUGGAGUACUACCGCCAGAGCAAGGCCAAGAAGCUGCAGGCCAUGCGUGAAGAGCAGGACCGGACACCCCUCAUGUUCCAGCGCAUGGAGCCCCCAUCCCCAACGCAGGAGGAGGGGCCCGGCCAGAAUGCCCUCCCCUCCACCCAGCUGGACCCAGGAGGAGCCCUGAUGGCUCACGAAAGCGGCCUCAAGGAAAGCCCAUCCUGGGUGACCCAGCGCGCCCAGGAAAUGUUCCAGAAGACAGGCACGUGGAGCCCGGAGCGAGGCCCCCCGACCGACAUGCCCAACAGCCAGCCUAACUCUCAGUCCGUGGAGAUGCGAGCGAUGGGCAGAGAUGGCUACUCCGACAGCGAGCACUACCUCCCCAUGGAAGGCCAGGGCCGGGCCGCCUCCAUGCCCCGCCUCCCUGCAGAGAACCAGAGGAGGAGGGGCCGGCCACGUGGGAAUAACCUCAGUACCAUCUCAGACACCAGCCCCAUGAAGCGCUCGGCCUCCGUGCUGGGCCCCAAGGCCCGGCGCCUGGACGACUAUUCGCUGGAGCGGGUCCCACCCGAGGAGAACCAGCGGCACCACCAGCGGCGCCGCGACCGCGGCCACCGUGCCUCCGAGCGCUCUCUGGGCCGCUACACCGACGUAGACACAGGCUUGGGGACAGACCUGAGCAUGACCACCCAAUCGGGGGACCUGCCAUCCAAGGAGCGGGACCAGGAGCGGGGCCGGCCCAAGGAUCGGAAGCAUCGACACCACCACCACCACCACCAUCACCCCCCGCCACCCGACAAGGACCGCUAUGCCCAGGAACGGCCGGACCACGGCCGGGCGCGGGCCCGGGACCAGCGUUGGUCCCGCUCGCCCAGCGAGGGCAGAGAGCACAUGACGCACCGGCAGGGCAGUAGUUCCGUAAGUGGAAGCCCAGCCCCCUCAACAUCUGGUACCAGCACUCCGCGGCGGGGCCGCCGCCAGCUCCCCCAGACCCCUUCCACCCCCCGGCCACACGUGUCCUAUUCCCCUGUGAUCCGUAAGGCCGGCGGCUCGGGGCCCCCGCAGCAGCAGCAGGCGGUGGCCAGGCCGGCCCGGGCAGCCACCAGCGGCCCUCGGAGGUACCCAGGCCCCGUUGCCGAGCCUCUGGCCGGAGAUCGGCCGCCCACGGGGGGCCACAGCGGCGGCCGCUCGCCCAGGAUGGAGCGGCGGGUCCCGGGCCCGGCCCGGAGCGAGUCUCCCAGGGCCUGUCGCCAUGGCGGGGCCCGGUGGCCGGCAUCCGGCCCGCACGUGUCCGAGGGGCCCCCGGGUCCCCGGCACCACGGCUACUACCGAGGCUCCGACUACGACGAGACCGACGGCCCGGGCAGCGGGGGCGGCGAGGAGGCCAUGGCCGGGGCCUACGACGCGCCACCCCCCGCACGACACGCGUCCUCGGGCGCUACGGGGCGCUCGCCCAGGACUCCCCGGGCCUCGGGCCCGGCCUGCGCCUCGCCUUCCCGGCACCGGCGACUCCCCAACGGCUACUAUCCGGCGCAUGGACUGGCCAGGCCCCGCGGGCCAGGCUCCAGGAAGGGCCUGCACGAACCCUACAGCGAGAGCGACGACGAUUGGUGCUAAGCCCGGGCGAGGUGGCGCCCGCCCGGCCCCCCACGCACCCCACGCACACACCCCACCCGAGGAGCCGCGCAGAGGCCGCGGGGGCCCAGCACAGAGGGCCCGGGAGAGGCCCAGCCGGGAGACCCCAGGCUCUGGAGAGGCCAGGGCUGGGCCACAAGGCUGUCCCGCAGAGACCCUCAGCCAGAAGAGACCCUCCUGGGCAGCCACGGCGCCCCCCACCCAGCCCCGAUCUCCCCCACCCACGACAGGGGCUCUCGGGUGGGAGGCAGGGGGCAGACAAACCAUACAGCCAAGGGAUUUGAAUUAACUCAGCCAUUUUUAUUUUUGGAGAACUUUGGGAAAAAAGAAAAAAAAAAAAAAAAAAAAAAAAACAUUUUUAAAAAAAAAAAUGGGGAAAAAAAAAUAGCUUCUAUUGAUGAGUUUUAUCAUCUCAAUUGAAUCUUUCCUUUCCCUGAUGAAGAGAGCUGGUGGCCGAGUGCGGCAAAGAAGCCGGAAGGAACCGGAACCCCAGCGCCCCACACCCACCACCAGACACACCCACAUCCACACGUUCUCAGACACACAGGAGUGCUUGCCGGUUAUACCAAACCCUACCAUUACUGCCUGCAGAAAUCCAUUUAAAAAAUAAACAAUUUUAAAAAGGACAGAAAAAUUAAUGAUUGAGAAGAGGCAUUUUUUUCUGACAUUUGGUCCUGCUUGAAAUAACAAAAGAAGAAAAAAAAACCACCACCACCAAUUCCUUUGCUUCUUUUUUCCUUUUUUCCCAUCUUGUUUGAAAACCGUGGGCUUGGGACUGUGAAUUAUUGCAUGACAUUCAAAAAGAAAAAAAAAAUAAAAAAAGUUGAGUCAAA